GCGUUGUCAGGUUUGUGAUAUUUUCUCCGUCAUGUCCGGACGCGGGAAGCAGGGCGGCAAGGCUCGCGCCAAGGCCAAGACGCGCUCGUCGCGGGCCGGGCUGCAGUUCCCGGUGGGCCGCGUGCACCGCCUGCUCCGCAAGGGCAACUACGCCGAGCGGGUGGGGGCCGGCGCGCCGGUGUACCUGGCGGCCGUGCUGGAGUACCUGACGGCCGAGAUCCUGGAGCUGGCGGGCAACGCGGCCCGCGACAACAAGAAGACGCGCAUCAUCCCGCGCCACCUGCAGCUGGCCAUCCGCAACGACGAGGAGCUCAACAAGCUGCUGGGCCGCGUCACCAUCGCGCAGGGCGGCGUCCUGCCCAACAUCCAGGCCGUGCUGCUGCCCAAGAAGACCGAGAGCCACCACAAGACCAAGGGCAAGUAGAAAUACGACCUAGUCUGGAGCUCAAGUCUCCUGUCCAAACCAAAAGGCUCUUUUUAGAGCCAUCCACUUAAUCAAGGAAAGGAGCUGUGCCUCACGUUCUGUCAUUGGGAUAGCAGGUGUUGAAUAGUGGCAAAUCCUGUUAAAAUUUAUAGGCCUGUCAAUCGACCCGAGUCCUUGAAUUAAAAGAAGUCACCUUGCCAAAAAAGACAAACCUUUGUCCUAAGGAACCCAUAAGAGGAAAUCUUGAGUGCCCUUGAUUCUUUCCGCAGGAUCGAAUGUCCAUGUGGAACCCAAACUUGGCAGCCUGUGACUUUGGCCUAUCCUUCCCUCUUCUAAUUCCAUGGAAUCCUCCUGA